AUGUCAGACAAGAAGGUGCCCGUGCCGUCAGACUAUCUCGGGCCACAGCCCCAGAAGGUCAACCUCGAUGCCAAAAUUGACAAGGCUGCUGAUCCACAGAAACUCGACUUUGACCCAGUAGCACUCAAGGAAAGAUACAAGUCGGAGAGGGACAAGCGGCUGAACGCCAGCUUAUCAGGCAUCGAUCAGUACAAGUAUGUCGAGGGACAGUUCGCACACAUGCUCCGGGAUCCUUGGAUUGAGCCAGGAUUCAAGAGGGACUCCAUCACAGAGACAGUGGACGUCGUGGUCAUUGGUGGUGGCUAUGGUGCUCAGCUAGUCGCUGUGAAGAUGAUUGAGUCUGGAAUCACGAAUCUACGCAUGAUAGAAAAGGCCGGUGGCUUUGGAGGGACUUGGUACUGGAAUCGAUACCCUGGAGCACAAUGUGAUAUCGAGUCUUACAUAUACAUGCCCCUCCUCGAAGAGCUCAACUACGUUCCAACAGAGAAGUAUGCCCACGCCAAAGAGCUUCUCGAGCACGCCGACCGGAUUGGCAAACACUGGAACCUCUAUGAUCGUGCUCUGUUCCAGACAGAAGUAUACGAGUGCAGAUGGGACGAAAAGGCCAACCUCUGGACAGUCAAGACCGACCGUGGUGACACAAUCAAGUGCCACUACCUCGUGCCCGCGGCCGGCCCACUGCAUCGACCAAAGCUCCCAGGCACUCCCGGAAUCACCACAUUCAAAGGCCACACAAUGCACUCCUCCCGAUGGGACUACAACUACUCCGGUGGCGGCAACCUCGGCAGCCUCGACAAACUCAAAGACAAACGCAUAGGCAUCAUCGGGACCGGCGCGACAGCUGUGCAGAUAGUUCCGCACGUCGGAAAGAACGCCAAAGAACUCUAUGUAUUCCAACGCACACCCUCCUCAAUCGACGUUCGCGGCAAUCGACCCACCGACCCGGAAUGGGCGGCGUCUCUCAAACCCGGCUGGCAAAAACACCGCAUGGAUAACUUCAACGCCAUCGUCCACGGCGAGAUCCUCUCCGAAGACCUCGUCUCCGACGGCUGGACCGACAUCCUCCAAAAGCUCCUCGCCCGCAUGACACCCGAUAUGGACUGGGCGACCAUUGAAGCGGAGCGCCAACUCGCCGACUUUGAGAAGAUGAACGAAGUCCGCGCACGCUGCGACGCUUUGGUUAAAGACCCACAGACCGCCCACAACCUCAAACCUUGGUACAACCAGCUCUGCAAACGGCCUUGCUUCCACGACCAAUACCUCCAAACCUUCAAUUUACCUUCUGUCCACCUCAUCCACACCGAUGGCCGCGGUAUCGACGCCAUCACUCCCAAAGGCAUCAUCGCCAACGGCAAGGAAUACGAACUCGACUGCAUCGUCUACGCUACCGGCUUCGAGCUUGCGACCGAAUGGUCUCACAAGACAGGAAUGGAGAUCUACGGCCGCAACGGCCAGUCCAUCACCGACUGCUGGAAACAAGGCUGCCGCACCCUCCACGGCUGGACGACGCGCAACUUCCCCAAUUGCUUCUGGCUGCAGGUGGUCCAGGCAGCCUUAUCGCCAAACUUCCUGCAUGUCACGGGCGAGCAAGCGGAGCACAUGGCGUACGUGAUCGCAGAGAUGAAGAAGCGGGGGUUUGCAACUGUUGAGCCCACGGCGGAGGCGGAGGAGGAGUGGGUAAGGACGAUUGUGACACUGGGGGAGUUGCGGAGGCCGUUUCUGGAGGAGUGUACGCCGGGAUACUAUAACAAUGAGGGUACGCCGAAUCCAAUCGGGGCGCAAAAUGCGAGUUAUGGGGCGGGCGCUGUCAAGUUCUUGGAGCUCAUGAGGAAUUGGCGAAAGGAAAAUAAGCUGGAGGGAUUGGAUCUGAAGCCGCUCAAGCAGGCGAAUUUGUAG